ACAAGCCCAGAAAUUGGAGAUUGGCUUUUUUUCUCGCAGCCCGUCAGGGGUAAAAAGUAGAAGCGGCGGACGCAGGGAGCCUGUGAAAUUGUUGCGAUACCACAGAGCCAAAGGACAACGCAUAAAAAGGUCCAACAGCUCCGCCCAAUUCCUUGCGGCGCCACAUCACCGUCCCUUUCCGCCAUUGAUUCGCUCUGCGUGUCUGUUUGUUCUGUCCUUGAUUCUCUCCCUUCUCUUCUAAUACCUUCCUCUUCCCUCUUUAACCACCCUUUUUUUACCAUUACUUUUAGUAAUAGAGAUUUUUUUCCCCUAAAUUAAUCUUUUAAUUCAACUUCCAAUUCAACAUGGCUCCCGCUACUCUCGAGAAGGAGGACAAGGCCCGAGAUGCCGCCUUCAACAAGGCCAUGCACGGCAACUCGGCCAAGGCCAAGGGAGGCAUUUCUGCCAUGUUCUCCAAGGGCGCUGAUGCCAAAAAGGCCGCUGUGGACGAGUAUUUCAAGCACUGGGACAACAAGCCCGCCGAGAACGAGACUGCCGAGGAGCGUGCCGCGCGAACAGCCGAGUAUGCCACUCUGACGAGGCACUACUACAACCUGGCCACCGAUCUGUACGAGUACGGCUGGGGCCAGUCCUUCCACUUCUGCCGCUUCUCCGCCGGCGAGCCCUUCUACCAGGCCAUUGCCCGCCACGAGCACUACCUGGCCCACAGCAUUGGCAUCAAGGAGGGCAUGAAGGUGCUCGAUGUUGGCUGCGGUGUUGGCGGCCCAGCCCGUGAGAUUGCAAAGUUCACCGGAUGCCACGUCACCGGUCUCAACAACAACGACUACCAGAUCGACCGAGCAACGCACUAUGCCGAGAAGGAGGGUCUCUCCAAGCAGCUGGCCUUUGUCAAGGGUGACUUUAUGCAAAUGUCGUUCCCUGAAAACACCUUUGACGCCGUCUACGCCAUUGAGGCCACCGUCCAUGCCCCCACCCUGGAGGGCAUCUACAGCCAAAUCUUCCGCGUGCUCAAGCCCGGCGGUGUCUUUGGUGUCUACGAGUGGCUGAUGACCGACGAAUACGACAACAACAACCUGCACCACCGCGAGAUCCGUCUCGGAAUCGAGCAGGGUGAUGGCAUCUCCAACAUGUGCAAGGUCUCCGAGGCCCUGGACGCCAUGCACGCCGCUGGCUUCGAGCUCCUGAGACACGAGGAUCUCGCUGACCGAGAUGACCACUCCCCCUGGUACUGGCCGCUGUCUGGCGAGCUCAAGUACAUCCAGACGCUCGGAGACGUCUUCACCAUUGUCCGCAUGACCAAAUGGGGACGUGCCAUUGCCCACAACCUGGCUGGUCUUCUCGAGACGGUGGGAAUUGCGCCUGCCGGCACCAAGAAGACCGCCGACAGCUUGGCUCUUGCGGCUGACUGCCUGGUUGCUGGUGGUCGCGAGAAGCUCUUCACGCCCAUGUACCUCAUGAUUGGCCGCAAGCCCGAGGCUUAAAUAAAAACCAAGAAAAAACAUUCUCCCCCAAAGAGGAGAAGGCGAAGGGAUGUAGGAUUUUGAUACCAUUGAAUUGACAUGGAGUAAUGAGUGGAAACCGAAACCCGCCCAACGGAUGGGAAGGGAAAAGAUGCGUGUUAUAAAAAAGAAAUUAUAAGCGGCGUCGAAAGCAAACAAUGAUUUUGUUUUAUUUGGAAUGCAUGAUGGCAAUGCGCGCGCAAUAAAAGGGAUGGCAAAACAAACAUUUUUAUGUAUUGCAUAUGUAAUUAAUGGCUCUAGCAAGGGGGUAGACUCUGCUACACUUUUUUUUUUUUUUUUUAAUUUAUUCUUUGAAACC